UUUGCAAAAGGCACUUUUCUUUCCCCCCCACCCCCAAAGAAUAGAGGACGCCCCUUCCUCUAAAUCCCUGGGUUUUUUUGUGGGUUUUUUUUUUUUUUGUUUGCACCCUUUGCAAAGCCCCAAAAUCCUCUUCCCGCCUCUUGCUUUUUUCUCGCUAUAUUUAAAAAAAAACAAAAAAAUAAAACUUUAUUUUAAAAAGCAAGAGAAAGUAAAAAAAAAAAGCUUUGCUUCCUUUCGGGACACUCCCUCUUAAUAAAGGCCGGAAUAAAACUCGGGUUUUUAUUUGCUCGGUUUUGUUUUUCCCAAAGUCAAAUUUCCUUGUUGGGAAGCGAAGCUUUUGCAAACCUGUUGCUACCGCUUGGCAGAGCCGAAAACAGCGACGAGGCGGCCCGGCUGGGAGCUUACAAGAGCCGAUCCAACUUCAAAUCUUGCAAAAAGAUUACAGCAGCUGAUGGGGACGGGAGUCCUCGAUUUGCGACCAGGAGGGAGUCCCAAGGUUUGACUCCGCUUUCUGCAGAGCCCACGGCUGAACGAUCCAUGGCGGAAACCAUUUUUGGCAAUGGGAAUGACCAGUGGGUAUGCCCCAAUGACCGACAUCUGGCUCUCCGCGCCAAGCUUCAGACCGGUUGGUCAGUGCACACUUUCCAAACGGACCGCCAGAGGAAGAUGCAAGCUCUGGAUUCGAAAGAAAUGGAGGUCAUUCUGGCGGUCAUCCGAAGAGCUGAGAAGCUGGACAUAAUCGAGCAGAAGAGAAUUGGGCGCCUGGUGGAGCGGCUGGAGAACAUGCAAAAAAACGUCCUGGGAAACGGAUCGUCCCAGUGCCUGCUGUGCGGGGAAGGCCUGGGGUUUUUGGGGAGCACGGGGGUGUUUUGCCAAGACUGCAAAAAGAAAGUUUGCACAAAGUGUGGCAUAGAAACGCCGGGUGCCCAUAAGCGGCCCGUUUGGUUCUGUAAGAUCUGCAGCGAGCAGAGAGAGGUCUGGAAGCGAUCUGGAGCCUGGUUCUUCAAAGGCCUCCCCAAAUGCAUCCUGCCAUUAAAAGAGACCAGCGGCAAAAAAGCCAAGGAAAUCCACCUUCGGCCCCCUCCUCCUCGCCCGGAACCAUCAUCGCUGGAGCUCCGGGGUAGCGGGACGGAUCACACCUAUACCUGGGCCAGAGGAAAAGUUGUCUCCAGUGACAGCGACAGCGAUUCUGAGAUCAGCUCCUCCAGUUUUGACGAUCGGUCCUUGUCCGUGGGAUCAAAGGGUUUCCAGAUCAGGAAGCACCCAGCAGACUCCGUUUCCAGUGGCGAGGCUGCCCGGUCGCCAAGCGGAAGCACCGGUCGGACUCUGGGAAGCACCAAAUCAGAAAGCCAAAGCAGUCUCGGCAGCGAGCGAUACAGUGCCCCGGAGGGCUACCAGAGUGACCGUGAAGAUGGCGAUAGCGAUACCGUCCGAAGCACUCCUGCAAGAAGACGCGUCUUAAAAUGUCGCUGGCGAUGACGGAUCUCCAAAGCUUGCCGCCUUUAUCCUUACUCACCUUCCACGUCGAACUCAAGGCGGACAUUCAACCAAAGAAUCGGAGGAAGAACACAGACAGUUGCCCACAUGGCCGACAACCACACCCUGCCGCUCGGUCGCUCCUCUGACUUCAUUGCUUGCCAGCUGAUCGGUCUUUUUGACACCCAGGAAUAGCGAAAAAAAGGAGCCUUAAAAAUUCUUGCAAUUGGACUUUCCAACCAGGGUGGUGUCGUGUGGGAAAAAAACUUGGAUUUAGACCACAGAUGAUGAGAUUCCUCCAUGUUCCCUGAAAAUAUAUUUUAUUUUUCUUUGAAAAUGGCAGCGGGGUGCAACAGGACCGGGAUAAAAAAAACUCGGAAUUUGGGUCUCUGGAUAAUACUGUCUCACAUCUGCACACUCACAAAAUCCCUUCCUGAUUUUCAUCUCGUGUAACAAGGUGGAUUUUUAUUUAUUUUAUUUUAUUUUGUAUUGUGGGUUCCUCUGCAAUGCAAGGAGGGAAGGUUGAAGAUGGAGCCACAAUCACACCUGCGACUGGGAGGAUGAAGAAAAGGCAGAUGUCCCUCACUGGGAGUUUGGUGGGAUCUAGAACAUCUGGCAGGAAGAGAGAGAAGGGGGAGGUUCGUUGGGGGCUGGAAUUGGCAAAAUCUGGAUUUCAGAAAUAAUUCAGUCGCUGGAUUGCAUUUGAUUUCUAUAAAUUAGGUUCUGUUGGUCAAACUAGAUGAAAGUUGGACUUUCCUUUAAGAGGAGACUUCAACUCCCAGAAUUCUCCAGCCGGCCAUACUGGGGUUAUGACUGAGGAAUUAUGGGAAGCCAUACUGGAGUUAGCAUAAAGCAUAAGGAGUGGUGCAGUGGCUCUCGCCUCACAAUCAGGAGGCUGUGAGUUCCAUCCUAGGUAGAGGCAGAUAUUUCUCUCUCUCUGGGCACAAUGAGAAUAUAUCUGCCGAACAAAACUCCUCAUUGGCAACAGGGAAGGGCAUCCGGCCAUGAAAACACUCUGCAAUCUCCAUUCAGUUGCCCAGACUCCACCCCGCAAGGGAUUAUGGGGUCGUUAAACGAUGAUGAUACUGGAGUUAGCCAUACAUUCAACUCCCAGAAUUCCUCGUACUGGCUAGGGAAUUCUGGGAGUUGAAAUCCACCCCUUUUAAAAUGGCUCAGGUUGAGAAACCCUGUUCUAAUUAUUAUGGAUUCCUGAGAAUCGCCUUUUUUUAAAAAAAAUUCCUGUUGUUGCAAUGGAGUUUUCUUAAACUCCUUUCUGCAUAUCUUUGUGUUGUAUGUUGUCGGUUUCAUAUAAAGUAUUUUUAUUAUACAUGGA